AUGUUCUCACUGAUUGUUGGCAUUAUAAUGAGUACUAUUAUAGCGGCUUUGAACUCGUUUCAUAUUUAUAGGACAUUCAUUGGCAAAAAUCGAGAUAAAGUCUACAGCAAGGAUCUAGCAAUGUUCUAUUAUCGAUUUUUUAUUGACGUUUAUUUUUCAAUCUUCACAAUUCCUUACCUUCUCUAUAUUUACUUCGAUUUCUUGACCCUUGGAGAUACUGGAGCUCGUAUUCCGGACCCUCUUGCUUAUGUUUUCGCAUUCUCUUGCUACAAUUCGGUGAUUGCACAUGGAUAUAUGGCGAUGUGUAUAGUAAUUGCUCGAUUCUAUGCGGUAGCAUUCCCGAUACAGUACCGGAAAACGAACAUUCCUCGACUUGCUAAGCUAGCAUUCGCUUUCGCAGUGUUCAUGAGUUUAUCGGAAAUCGUCGUCGCCUAUACGAUGAUGUAUACAAUCAAUGUCGUAUUCUCAUUAUGGUUUCUUAUAAUCGUAUACGGAAUUCGCAAACAAUUUGUCAACUCGCAAUUCAUUUUUGUGAACGUUCUUACAACUCGUGAUAUUUUCAUAAUUCUGUUUUUGAGAUGUAUUCCGUCAAUUUUGUCGUCGACAUAUAUGAAGGAAACAUUUCCAGUUUUUAAGCUCAUUGGUUUGCAUAUGCCAACAAUUGCGACAAUCGCGACAACCCUCGAAAUCGCAUCAUUUACCUAUUAUUCGAUGAACAAUUUGAAAGCCCAAAGUCGCAUCAAUUCGACAAUGCAAAUUGGCUGA